GCUGGAUAUUCGGAGUCUUUUAUAAAGACAGCUCCUUUCUUUUCUACCCACAACAACAAAAAGUUGUUCCUCUAAAAGAAUAUAUACAUAAUGCAUUUUUGAUCAGCUUUAAAAUUAAAAGACAGUGAAACCCCAUUUCAAAUCGUGAAUUAUUUUUAGUCAGAGAGUGAAAAUGGAUGGAAGUGAUAUAUACAAGGCUAGUAGAAGUUUUAAUUUAGGGAGCGGUCGUACCACUUCGUGGAGGGACGGUGGAUUGGAUGUUUUCUCCCAGUCAAAUCGACAUGAAGAUGAUAAUGACGAUGAAGAAACUCUGAAAUGGGCUGUUCUUGAAAAGCUACCAACUUCUGAUAGGUUGAAAAAAGGUCUGCUUUAUGGAUCUAGUGGAUCACCUGAUGAGAUUUUUGUUGAUAAUCUUGGAUUAGAAGACAGGAAGCAUUUGCUCGAUAGACUGGUAAAAGUACCUGAAGAAGAUAAUGAAAAGUUCUUGUUGAAGCUCAGAGACAGAAUUGACACGGUGGGAAUUCAUUUGCCUACAAUUGAAGUGAGAUUUGAGCAUUUGACAGUGGAAGCUGAUGCUUUCACAGGCAGCAGAUCAUUGCCUAGUUUCCUUAAUUUCAUCAUUGAAAUCUUAGAGGGGUUCUUGAAUAUAUUCCAUUUACUACCAAACAGGAAGAAGCAUAUCACUAUACUUGAAGAUCUAAGUGGAAUUAUAAAGCCUGGCAGGACGACACUACUUUUAGGUCCCCCAGGUUCCGGAAAAACAACUUUAUUAUUAGCCUUGGCUGGGAAGCUUUCCAAAGAGCUUACAUGGUCAGGAAGGGUGUCAUACAAUGGACAUGAUAUGCAUGAGUUUGUGCCUCAGAGAACAUCUGCUUAUAUCAGUCAAAAUGAUCUUCAUAUUGGUGAAAUGACUGUUAGAGAAACCUUGGCUUUUUCUGCUAGAUGUCAGGGAAUUGGAUCACGUUAUGAAAUGUUGGCAGAAUUGUCAAAAAGAGAAAAAGAUGCAAAUAUUAUGCCCGAUCCUGAUAUUGAUAUAUACAUGAAGGCUGCAGCAAAAGAAGGUCAAGAGACAAGUGUGGUCACAGAUUAUAUUCUCAAGAUCUUGGGACUAGAUAUCUGUGCAGAUACCAUGGUAGGGGAUCAAAUGAUAAGAGGCAUAUCUGGUGGACAAAGAAAACGUGUCACUACAGGUGAAAUGAUAGUGGGCCCAUCAAAGGUUCUUCUUAUGGAUGAGAUAUCUACGGGUUUAGACAGUUCUACAACGUUUCAUAUUGUGAAUUCUUUCAGGCAAUAUAUUCAGAUUUUUGAAGGAACUGCUGUUAUUUCGCUCCUACAGCCUGCACCCGAAACGUAUAAUCUAUUUGAUGACAUAAUAUUGCUCUCGGAUGGCAAGAUUGUGUAUCAGGGUCCACGUGAAAAAGUGCUUGAGUUUUUUGAAUCAAUGGGAUUUAAAUGUCCAGAAAGGAAAGGUGUUGCUGACUUCUUGCAAGAAGUAACAUCAAAGAAAGACCAGGAGCAAUACUGGAUAGAGAGAGACCAACCUUACAGGUUUAUCACAGCCAAAGAAUUUGCUGAGGCAUACGAAUCCUUCCAUGAAGGAAGGAGAAUGGCAGAAGAGAUUUCAAUCCCAUAUGACAAAAACAAGAGCCAUCCUGCUGCACUGACAACCAAAACAUAUGGAGUCAACAAAAAGGAGCUCUUGAAAGCCUGCAUGUCAAGAGAAUUUUUGCUUAUGAAGAGAAACUCUUUCGUCUACAUCUUCAAACUAUUUCAACUUCUUGUGAUGUCAUUUCUGACAAUGACAGUCUUUUUCCGAACCGAAAUGCACAAAAGGUCGGUGGAAGAUGGAGGGAUAUACACAGCAAAGCUUCCUGUGUUUUACAAGCAAAGGGAUUUCCUGUUUUACCCCUCGUGGGCUUACACACUUCCUUCAUGGAUCAUCAAGAUUCCCAGCUCAUUUAUGGAUACUUUUCUUUGGACUCUUCUUACAUAUUAUGUAGUUGGAUUUGAUUCAAAUGUUGAAAGAUUCUUUAAACAGUAUUUGCUACUCUUUCUCGUCAACCAGAUGGCAUCAGGAUUAUUUCGCUUUAUUGCAGCACUAGGUCGAAAUAUGAUUGUUGCAAGCACAUUUGGUUCAUUUGCACUUCUCAUACUAUUCGCUUUGGGUGGCUUUGUCCUAUCACGAGAUGCUAUAAAGUCUUGGUGGAUUUGGGGAUAUUGGUCAUCACCAAUGAUGUAUGCGAUGAAUGGGAUUGUAGUUAAUGAGUUUCUUGGACAUAGUUGGAACCGAGUAUUGACUAACUCAACAGAGUCCCUAGGAGUGAGGAUUAUAACAUCUAGAGGUUUCUUCCCAUAUGCAUAUUGGUAUUGGAUUGCAGUAGCGGCUUUGAUUGGAUAUGUGUUCCUCUUCAACUUUACCUACACGCUAGCUCUCACAUAUCUCAAUCCUUUGGAGAAGUAUCAAGCUAUUAUAUCAGAUGAAAACGAAGCCCAAAAUCCUUCAACUGUUGAGUUACAUUCCAUGAGCAAGAAAAAGGGAAUGAUUCUUCCAUUUGAACCACAUUGUAUCACCUUCGAUGAUGUUAAAUACUCAGUUGAUAUGCCGCAGGAAAUGAAAGAGCAAGGAGUAGUUGAGGAUCGAUUGUUGUUAUUAAAGGGUGUGAGUGGGGCAUUCAGACCGGGUGUUCUUACAGCAUUAAUGGGUGUUAGUGGUGCUGGUAAAACUACUUUGAUGGAUGUGCUGGCAGGAAGGAAAACAGGUGGAUAUAUAGAGGGUAAUAUUGUCAUUUCAGGGUACCCAAAGAAGCAAGAAACUUUCGCUCGAAUUUCAGGAUACUGUGAACAAAAUGACAUCCACUCACCUCAUGUCACAGUACAUGAGUCCUUGAUUUACUCUGCUUGGCUAAGGCUGCCAGCAGAUGUUGAUGCUGAAACCAGAAAGAUGUUUGUUGAUGAGGUGAUGGAACUUGUGGAACUGAAUCCGUUGAGAGAUGCAUUAGUAGGGUUACCUGGGGUCAACGGGCUAUCAACUGAACAGAGAAAGCGGUUAACCAUAGCGGUUGAGCUGGUGGCUAACCCAUCUAUAAUAUUUAUGGAUGAACCAACAUCUGGUCUUGAUGCUAGAGCGGCUGCUAUUGUCAUGAGAACUGUUAGGAACACCGUGGACACGGGUAGAACCGUUGUGUGCACCAUUCAUCAACCUAGCAUUGAUAUAUUUGAAGCUUUUGAUGAGCUAUUUUUGAUGAAGCGAGGAGGAGAAGAGUUAUAUGUUGGACCAGUCGGUCAUCAUUCCUGCCAUUUGAUCAAGUAUUUUGAGGAUAUCGAAGGAAUAAGUAAGAUCAAAGACGGUUAUAACCCUGCCACAUGGAUGUUAGAAGUUAGUACCUCAGCACAAGAAAUGGCUCUUGGAAUUGAUUUCACACAAAUCUACAAAAACUCUGAACUUUACAGGAGAAAUAAAGCACUUAUUAAUGAGCUGAAUAUACCAAUUCCUGGAUCAAAAGAUCUUUAUUUCCCAACUCGAUACUCUCAGUCUUUCUUCACACAAUGCAUGGCUUGCCUAUGGAAACAACGCCUGUCAUACUGGCGAAAUACUUCUUACACUGCAGUAAGAUUUUUAUUCACUUUGGGAAUUGGAUUGAUGUUUGGGACAAUGUUCUGGGAUCUAGGUGGCAGAAGGACAUCACAACAAGAUUUGAUUAAUGCAAUGGGUUCUAUGUAUGCUGCUGUUCUUUUUAUUGGGACCCAAAAUGCGUCAUCUGUGCAACCAGUGGUUGCUGUUGAGAGGACAGUCUUUUAUAGAGAAAAAGCUGCAGGAAUGUAUUCCGCCCUAUCAUAUGCUUUCGCACAGGUUCUGGUGGAACUACCCUACGUGUUUGUACAAACAUCAACAUACGGUCUCCUAGUGUAUGCAAUGAUUGGAUUUCAAUGGACAACAGCCAAAUUCUUUUGGUAUUUAUUUUUCAUGUACCUCACCUUACUAUACAUGACCUUUUAUGGCAUGAUGACUGUGGCCAUGACACCCAACCCCACUAUUGCUGCCAUUGUUGCUGCCUCAUUUUAUGGAAUAUGGAAUCUCUUUUCAGGAUUUGUUAUCCCACGAACUAGGAUACCUAUUUGGUGGAGAUGGUACUAUUGGGCAUGUCCGUAUGCUUGGACUCUUUAUGGAUUGGUUACUUCACAGUUUGCAGACUCUGAAGAUAUGCUUGAGAAUGGUGAAACUGUAAAAGAUUUCUUGGAGAGAUAUUUUGGAUUUGAGAGAAGUUUUCUUGGUGUAGUUGCUGGUAUGCAUGUUGGAUUCACCCUACUAUUUGCAUUUGUCUUUGCCUUUGCCAUCAGGUCGUUUAAUUUUCAAAGGAGGUAGGUUAAUUAUCAGGGAGUUUAAAUAUGAGCAUUCUAUUGAAGAUGAAACACAUUGUUACGUUAAUGCAUGACAUAUGAUUUGUGUUAGCCUAAUAAGAUUUUGGGCUUUAUUUUGUAUUGGAUAUUAUGUUGGCACAUUAGUUAGGAAACCCUAAUUAGUUAGCCUAUAAAUUAUUUCUCCCUUUCAUUGUAAUUGUACUUCCCAUUUGAUAAUAAUAUGAAACCCUAGCCAUUCUAUGUCUUUUUUUUGUUAGUUUACAUCGUAU